GGAUAUGUGACGUCAUAAUAAUUUUACCUACGCUAUCUAGUGAUGACCGGUGAUCUGUUUAUCAUCCACGUAAUAUAUUAAGCCAUUCGUUUAGCCUUGAGCGUCAGUCGUUCGCUUCUCUCGCGCCGGCCGGUCAUCUAACCUAACCUAAAAAUAGCCAAAAUGCCCCAGACGGAGUUCUACUACUUCCCCUUGAAGGCCCUGGGCGAGCCCAUCCGCAUGCUGCUGGCGUAUGGAGGCGAGGACUGGAAGGACAACAGGAUCUCCUCUGAAGACUGGCCCGCCUUCAAACCUAAAACCCCGUUCGGGCAGAUGCCCCUGCUGGUGGUCGGCGACAAGCAAUACGCUCAAAGCAUCCCCAUCGCGCGCUACCUCGGCCGCAAGCACGGCCUCGCCGGCGCCGACCUUGAGGAGGACUUCUUGAUCGAUCAGCACGUCGAGUUCCUCAACGACAUCAGAGCCAAGGCCGCGUUAGUGCACUACGAGCAAGACCCGGCGGCGAAGGCCAAGAAGCACGAGGACUUCUCCAAGAACCUGUACCCCGGCAUGCUGGCCAAGCUCGACCAGAUCCUCAAGGAGAACAACGGACACCUCGCGCUUGGAAAACUGACCUGGGGAGACUUCGUGUUCGCCGGCAUCUACCCGUACCUCAAGGCGAUGCUGCAGGCCCCCGACCUCGACGAGCGCUACCCGGCCUUCAAGAAGCUCGAGCAGACCGUCUACUCCAUCCCCAAGGUCAAGGCCUAUGCUGACGCCGCGCCCAAGACCGACCUCUAAAAUCUAAACAUACAGUACUAUAUAUCCUAUAAAAGUAUCACGUGAAAGAAGAUAUUCGAUCAGACCACAGGGUACGGUCAACCAAUUGGUACCCUAGGCCACUCUAGGACUAUGUCAUCUUCUUCCUUGCGUUAUCCCGGCAUUUGCCACGGCUCAUGGGAGCCUGAGGUCCGCUUUGACAACUAAUCCUAAGAUU